GCCCGUGACGUUUGAGCUAACCGUAUCGUAUCAAAAAUUAUCAGUGAAACCAUAAAAUAGUCAUCACCAUGAGCAAAAGUAAUGAAAAACUGUUGGACAACAUUUAUGAAGACCAUCGAUUGAAUAUUGAAAAUAAUUUGCGGCAAAUUGUCAACAGCUAUGCCACAUCUAUCAGCCGAUCAGCCUCCAGUGAUGAUGAAAUGAGACUGUUUUUUGAAUCGUUCCGUAAACGUGUGAAGAACCUUUGCAGAGGUGCUUGUGCAAAACGUAUGGCAAGCAUAAAGGAAGAGCAAAUAAGCCUACUGACAAGCAACGGGAACGUUAACGAAACAGAUUUGGCUUCCAAACCAUUGAACAAAGACGAUGAAGUCGAUGAAAAGGCAGCCCUGACUAAAGUAAGCUCAACCCUUACCGAUGAACCAACGCCACUGACCACAAUUUCCGAUAUGGAUAUUGAUCAGUUUCUUCUACGUGCACAAAAUCGCGUUGCUUUGGCUCCAAAACGACCAAGUUUUGAAGACUCGUCGACCGAGAACAGUCCAAAACGGCAAUACCCCUCGGAAAAGUCCGAAAUAACAAAAAACAAAGUCAAACAUCUCUCGUCGAAAAUGGCCAAAAACCUGAGAAGCCACCUACCAUCGAUAUUGGACACCGCAUUGCUAUCCUCAGGUCGAAUCCGUGCAUUUUGUUUCUUUUGCGAGCAAACAAUGGAAGAGAGUCUUGACGCUUGGAAAGUUCAUUUAUUAAAGCAUACAGGUGAAAAAGAGUAUUAUUGCAGCGGUUGCCAUACGGAGCUGUCAUCAAAAGACUCGCCAGAACAUUGUAUGGGACAUGUGAUUCGAGAAACAUUUUCCGAUGCAAAUUUGCAAGCAUUCAUGUGCAACAUUUGUGACUACAUAAAGGUCAACAACAAUGAGGUCAUCGAACAUAUUAAAAACGAUCACACAAAAUCGAUGCAAGGGGCCAGUGACCAUGUGAAAAAAGUCACAUUAAUUCCAAAUGUGUGUCGUCUUACAGUGCAGGUCGUGUCAAAGUAUAAGUUUGUUCCAGCCGCUUGUCGUUAUGACUGUGGCAUUGAAGAUUGCAUUAUGAUUUGCUACAAUAAAAACGAGUUCAAAGAUCACUUUUUUAAAGAGCAUCCGGGUGACAAAAAAUACGUAUGUACCCAUUGCAAAGAAGAAAUUAUACGAAAUGCUACGGACGAUCAAGGUUUUUUCCUGGCCAUCAUUAGGCAUUUGGAGCUUCAUGACAGUUGUUUGUACCAGUGUGGCGUGUGCAAUAUGCAAUUUGUCGGCGACGCAGAUGUCAUUGAACAUUUUUCCAUGGAACACAGUGCCAGCGAUUGUUUGUACCACCGUGAGAUUCGAAGUGUUAAACAGACGGAAAAUUUGGACGAGAUCAACAUUUUAUUCGAGUGUAAUUUAUGUUCGGCACGUUUUUUCAAUCAGUCCACUGCAUCGAAUCAUUAUUUGAAGCUCCACAACUCAAUCAAUUUUGAUUUGACGCUGAUUAAACUGGUGAAAAAGGUGAAUGACACCAAAUGGUCCAAAUCAAUGGAAUGGAACAUGAAACUACAGCAACAUUUCGUGUGUAAUUGGUGUGGCGACACGUACAAGAUCAAAGAAAAUUUUGUCCAUCACCACGUCGAGCGGCACCAAUUCAAAGAAUUGUCUAUUGGAUUCAGGGGCAUUUACUUGACGGACAAUUCAGAUGAACCAUGGUCGAGAUUUGACCAAUAUUUAGUGUACUACUGUCAACACUGUUGCAGUGUUGCAAUUUUUGGCGACGUCAAUGAUGUUUAUAGUCACUGGAAAUUAGUUCAUGAACAAACAAAGCCAGUGAAACCAUUCCGUUUCAUGGUUGCGCAACUGGUACUCUGCAAUUAUUGCAAUGAGGUGAGUACUUUUGAAGGUUUGAAAAUCCAUCAAGCCAAACAACAUCCAAAGAGCGUGUUUUCCAUUCGAAAUCUAUUGAAUCGGUCGAAUUGCGGUCUAUGUUCGGAUGCUGCCAAUGAUCUUGUUCAUCAUUCAAUUGAACAAAAUCACCAGACGUUGCUUGAAAUGAAAAUUUUCAAUCCGAUCGCGAUGUCCGAAGAUAUAUUGAAGAAACUGGUUAAUGUUAAGGGGCACAAAAAACGCAAAUGCAAACAUUGCACCGAGGUGUUCGAGACAAAAGACAAAUUUUAUGAACAUCAUGAUCAUAAACAUCAAUCAAUCAAAGCAAAAUAUGAGAAAAUUUAUGACAACGGAAGCAUACACAUGAUUUGUGGCUGCUGUAAAAUCAAAAUCAAUCCAGAACAUCUAUUCGAUCAUCUUAAAUAUCAUGGUAUUUCGUCGAUUGAACAUUUGAAAACCUUUUAUUGGGAAACAAUGGUGGUACUAGGUAAUGGACUUAUUUUGAACAAGUACAAUUUUUUUGGCACUGAAGUUGAUGACAGUAAAGAUUUUUUCGACGAAAUCGAGACACACGAUUGGAGUUAUAAGUAAUUAGAUAUGACGAAUUGGGAUUUAAAUUUUUUUUUGUACGAAUUUAUUGAUAACGAAUGACACUCAAAAGUUAAAAUUCAAACUUACUUCUGAAUAUAAAAAAAUUGC